AUGCCUCCGACUACGACAGAUGCUAGCCCAGCGCCAACGACAUCCAACGGAGAAGAAGAGCCAUCCCUAGAAUCGCUAGAGAGCGAGCUCGACCAGAGCAUGACACUCGUCCCAUACGUCUCACAAGAGUCCACGUCAAACGGAGCUCAUCCAGAUGGACAAGGGCACGUCUUACCCGCCACAGGCGGCGUGAUACACGAACCCCUUGCAGCGUUGUUCGGAGAUGCACCAUUCUUCUCCUACGGCUUCGCGAACGCCACGGGCGCGAAUCUCCCGACUCUAGAUAAUCUGAAUACGCAGCAAGCUCUCGUUGUCCCCGAGACGACAUCUUUCCACCCUCUCCCGACAUUAACGAGUUCUUUUGCGCAAGUUCAGCAUCAUCAUCACCAUCAACAUCAACUAGUUCUUCUUGCCUUAUCCGACUUCUUGAACGACCACAUGACCGAGGAGCAAUACGAACAAGAACAGAUCCAAGACGCUUUGGACUGGGAGAUGGCAAACUCUGAAGCAACGUUUGGACCUAUUCGCCAUCAAACUCGAACAACACGCGUGGAAGUCGCCACGGCUUUCGUCGAGACACUGGACGAAGUCGAUAUUACUAGUAUCGAACCAGAGGAUAUGAAAUGUCCGCUGUGCUGGCUUCCUUUCAGCAGCACCAUAGACGAGGAGGGUCCAUCAAUUGCUACUUACCUGGACGAUGAAGAGCGAGAAAUCACGGAGCGCUUACAUGCGAGCUAUAAUCUGCCCUUCUGUGAGAACAGGCCAGACAACGACCCUGGGUUCCAUUAUGGUAGUACACGAAUGGGGUAA